AUGUCCGAAAAAAUUAAUUUGGUCGCCUCACUAAUUAUUUUUUUCAUAGAUAUAUCACUAUGCAACCCACUUGCAAAAUCAGGCGAUGGGAGGCAAGGAAGAAUUAUAGGAGGCUCCUACUCCGCGAUUGACAAAUUCCCAUAUCAGGUGUCGAUUAUGUUAUAUGGGCAACAUUUUUGUGGAGGUUCUAUUAUUGAUACGAUGUGGAUCCUUACGGCGGCACAUUGCAUGGAAGAUCGGGUGCCAAGCGAAUUGUCUGUGCGAGCUGGAAGCUCGUAUAGUUACAAAGGUGGAGUGGUUCACAAAGUGUCACUUUUCUACACG